UUUUACCUUUUUCAGUUUGGUUCCGCGGGCUUCUGUAGUUGUGGUCCAUGCAUGUCUGCGUCCAUGUGCUAGCGAGCCAACUCAUCCAACUUGAGUUUUGUAACAAAUAGCUAGUGCGUUAUUACCGUUGUCAUACAGUAAAUAUCCCAAAUCAUCAAAUACAGCUAUAUUUUAAGUUGUGUCAAUUUGGGAAAGGGCGCCGCAGAUAAGUUAAACAGGUGUUCGGAGCAUGCUAUAUAGCUAAUUAGCACAGGUGGUCCCUCAGUCUUUCGUCUGUCUUCAGUAAAGACGCGAUGUAACAUGGAGAUAUGGCCGUGUGGGAACCCUAACCCUAUAAAGGACUGAGAAGUGCCCUAUGCUGAUCAGCACUGCUCGGCUACUCCUCCUCUUACCUGUACCCUUCACCCACCAGAGGAUUAUAAGGACAGUUGGCAGUGUUGCUUACAGGGGACUGAGAACCAUGGAGCCCCUCAGGGCCCCUCAGGAUCCCAAAGUUAACACCACCCUGUCUGGGGUAGACACAAAGCCUCAGCCCCCUACCUCUGGAGCUCCUAUGGAGGGCUUGAACCCAACUCCAGCUGCCUCAAUACCUGACCAGGAGACGGCCCCGACAACGGGGCUGUUGCCAGGGGAGACAGUCGUCAGGGAGGGCAAGGCGGCCAUCUUGUUUCCCAGUGCCAACGAGGUGUUCUACAACCCCGUGCAGGAGUUCAACAGAGAUCUGACGUGUGCGGUGGUUACAGAGUUUGCCCGGGAGCAGAUGGCCCAGAGGGGGGUGAAAGUGGUAGUGCCAGGGGAGAAGGAGAGGGUGGUGGUCAACCUAGCUGACGAGAAGAAAGAGGAGACAGAAAUGCAGACAGGGGAGAAAGGAGGAGAGGAGCCGGUCGUAACUGCUUCAGUGGGGGAGCGCUGUGAGAAUGGUUUACGUGUGUUGGAGGGUCUGGCAGCGUCUGGCCUACGCUCUGUGAGGUUUGCUCUGGAGGUGCCUGGUCUACGUAGCGUCACGGCUAACGACUUCUCAGCCAAGGCUGCUGCCCUCAUCGCCCGCAAUGCCCAGCACAAUGGGGUCACACACCUACUGCAGGCCAGCCAGAGAGACGCCAGCAUGCUGAUGUAUGAGAUGCGGGGGAAGAAGGAACGCUAUGAUGUCAUAGACCUGGACCCCUACGGAAGCCCCGCCCCUUUCCUGGAUGCAGCCGUGCAGGCCGUCGGUGAAGGAGGUCUGUUGUGUGUGACGUGUACUGACAUGGCUGUGAUGGCUGGUAACAGUGGGGAGACCUGCUACAGCAAAUACGGCUCUGUCUCCAUCAAAGCCAAGUACUGCCAUGAGAUGGCUCUGCGGAUCAUCCUGCAUAGUCUGGACCAGAGAGCUGGUGUGUACCAGCGUUACAUCCACCCCCUGCUCUGUGUCAGUGUGGACUUCUACAUACGAGUGUUUGUCAGGGUACACACUGGACAGGCCAUGGUCAAAAACUCAGCAAGUAAACAAGCGUUGGUGUAUAACUGUGUAGGCUGUGGAUCCUUCCACUUACAACGACUGGGCAAGAGGACGACUCAGGGAAAACAUAUAAAGUACUCUGCAGCCACUGGACCGCCGGUCGGAGCAGAAUGUGAACACUGUGGACACAGACACCAGCUGGGUGGUCCUAUCUGGGGUGAGGCCCUCCAUGAUGUGAGCUUUGUUCAGAAGGUUCUAUCUGCUGUGUCUGGGAACCCGUCCCGCUUUGGAACCGCCCGACGCAUAGAGGGCAUGCUCAGCAUGGUCACAGAGGAGCUGGAGGAUGUGCCUCUAUACUAUACAGUGGACAACCUGAGCAGCACUGUACACUGCAGCACUCCCCCUCUACUCCAAUUCCGGUCUGCUCUGCUUCAUGCAGGCCACAGGGUGUCUUUGUCUCAUGCCUGUAAGAAUGCUCUAAAGACGGACGCUCCUCCCAGGGUCCUCUGGGACGUCAUGCGAUGCUGGGAGAAGUCCAAUCCAGUGAAGAGAGACAGACUGUCAGAGAGCAGCCCUGCUCACCAAAUCCUCAAUACUGAACCCAUUCUACAGGCGUGUUUUGAUGUGAGGGAGGAUGCCAAUCCCCAGUCCCGUCGUCGCCACCUCACCCGCUUCCAGGAGAACCCUGAGCCAUUCUGGGGGCCCAAGGCCCGCGCCAAGGCUGGUGGUGGAGGUAUCUCAUCAGACCUGGAGGACAGGAGGAAACAGGGUCAGAACAAGAGAAAGAACCAGAUUACAGACGCCACCCAGCUCAAGAGCUUCCCCUGCAAGAGGUUCAGAAAGGGUAAAUGCACACAUGGUGAAAAAUGCUGUUACUCCCAUGACCUGGAACAGACUGACAAGAUGGAGUGAUUAUGGAGCGAUUCCUUCCUACUCUCCUUUCUUCCCUCUGUCUUUCUCUCACUUGGAACAUUGAGUUGGUAUCCUCAUGUCCAGCCCAGCAGACUCUGUCCACUGUAAGGUAUACUGGACACAAUCAGGGUAUGGAGUUUUCCCACUGACUAAGCAACCAGGUAAAACUCCAGGCCCCAGACAUAAUUAACUUGGAACUCUACCGGUUAUGGCUCCGGGGUGAAGUUUCCCCCUUGAUACAAAUCUAGGAUCAGCUUCCCGUCC